GCCGUCACGGCCAGCAGACGGCCCGCUCAACCGCUCUCAACGCCCGUCGCCCCACCACCGCGCUGACCCGGUUCCCCGCGGAUCCUGACCGUCGGCAGGCACCUGGCGCGCACGUCCUCCGCUCCCAGAUCGCGCCACGUGUCCCUACGGCUCCCGGUGGCCUUCGUCGUCUUCGUUCCAGGAGAAGCCUCCCCCCGCGUCCGGCGUUCCCUUCCUUUCCUCUCUCCGACGACUCUGCCCCCUCUCGCAUCGCUUGGCUGGCCCGCCGUGGGAGGUUCUCGUCUUCUGGAGGACGCCUUCCUCUCGGGAGAGAGGGAGGGAAGCUUCUAGAAGCCUUUGCCGCGGCCAAUGGAGGAAGCCAGCGGCGCCGGCGCCGGCGCUGAGGGUGUCGUCUCCUCGUCCGUGUCGAAUAAUUGUUUCCCACAAGAUGAGGGUACAAGCUCCAGCGAGAUGGACAAUACUGAAUGCUUUGAGACAUCCUCAGAGCUGUCUAAUUCUGAAAGAUCUAGGCCUGAAGGUAGCAAAAAAACAUCUUCCAUAUUGGAUAAGAAGAUAUCCGUAAAAAAGAAGCUGAAAUUGUUUAGUCGAAUGGCUACACUGAAAGAUGAUGGAACUGUAGUUGUUGAUAUCCCCACCAAUCUUGAGGCUGCAUCACUCGAUCUUCCUUCGGCAGAUAACCACAGUGUGGCCUUUGGUGGGGAACCAUUGGACUCCUCAGAUCUGCAGCACAGGCCACCGAUGCAAAUUGUUAUGCUGAUUGUUGGUACGAGAGGAGAUGUGCAGCCAUUCAUAGCUAUAGGAAAACGGUUGCAGAACUAUGGUCAUCGUGUUAGACUAGCAACCCAUGCCAACUUUAAGGAUUUUGUGAUGGCUACUGGACUGGAAUUUUAUCCCCUUGGUGGUGAUCCAAAAGUUCUUGCGGGAUACAUGGUUAAGAAUAAAGGAUUCUUGCCCGCAACUCCAUCAGAAAUUCCUAUCCAGCGCAAGCAGAUUAGGGACAUCAUAUUCUCCUUGCUUCCUGCCUGCAAGGAUCCAGACAUUGAUACUGGCAUUUCUUUCAGUGCGGAUGCUAUAAUAGCCAAUCCUGCAGCAUAUGGACAUGUACAUGUGGCAGAGGCCCUCAAUAUACCAAUUCACAUAAUUUUCACAAUGCCUUGGACGCCUACCUGUGAAUUUCCACAUCCUUUCUCACGCGUGAAGCAAUCUGCAGGAUAUAGAGGGAUUCAAUUGGUCCUGUUUAGGAUCAUGUGCUCGCGCAAGCUCUCAUACCAGAUUGUUGACUCUUUUGUCUGGCUUGGCAUAAGGGAUAUGAUAAAUGAUCUCCGGAAAAGGAAGUUGAAACUAAGACCAGUUACUUACCUAAGUGGUACCCAUGCUUAUUCAAAUAAUAUUCCUCAUGCAUAUAUCUGGAGCCCUUACCUUGUCCCCAAACCCAAAGACUGGGGACCUAAAAUUGACAUUGUUGGAUUUUGCUUCCUUGAUCUUGCUUCAAAUUAUGAGCCUCCUGAGCCACUUUUGAGGUGGCUUGGCAGCGGUGAAAAGCCUAUUUACAUUGGUUUUGGUAGCCUUCCGAUUCCAGAACCAGAUAAGUUGACAAAAAUCAUUGUGGAAGCACUAGAAAUUACUGGACAGAGAGGAAUCAUUAAUAAGGGUUGGGGUGGGCUUGGAAAUUUGGAAGAAUCAAAGGAUUUUGUAUAUGUACUUGACAACGUUCCACAUGAUUGGCUCUUUCUGCAAUGCAAGGCUGUGGUACACCAUGGUGGUGCAGGAACCACUGCAGCGGGUCUUAAAGCCGCGUGUCCCACUACCAUCAUCCCAUUCUUUGGUGAUCAAUUCUUUUGGGGCAGCAUGGUGCAUGCCAGAGGACUGGGAGCACCACCUGUACCUGUGGAGCAAUUACAAUUGCAUUCACUGGUUGAUGCAAUCAAAUUUAUGAUUGAUCCAAAGGUAAAGGAACGAGCUGUUGAGCUAGCAAAGGCAAUUGAAUCGGAUGACGGUGUUGAUGGGGCUGUUAAAUCCUUUCUGAAACAUCUUCCACAACAAAGAAAUUCUGAGACGAUGCCAACUGCACCACAAUCAACCUUCAUGCACCCCUUGCUUCUCCCUGUAAAGAGAUGUUUUGGCAUUGCUUCCUAACUCUGCAUUUUCAUACUUUGAUCCUGUGACAUAACAGCUGUUGCGCCACAUGCUAAAGGGGAAGGCACCAACAUUGGCUGCCCUUUUUCAACCUUUACAAUCGUUGCGUUCGCCUAGUGUAGGGUAUUUCGUUCUUCAUAUACUGUAACUAUUUGAUGUUCCCUUUUGAUGUACGUAUAGCUUGUGAUUUGCGUGUACAGGGUACUAUACUUAGAGACUUGGCUCCUGACUGGCUGUUUGU